UGUGUUGUUGGCCUCUGGACCGAGGCCUGUAAUAAGAGAAAAUUAAAGAAUAGGAUUAAAGAUGGAUUAUCACUGAAACAGCCAGCAAAGCAGCUGCCUUUCCAUAAACCCAUCGGACACUCUUCAGGGUGACGCUCUGCAGACCGAUUUGUAGAUUACAUUUGGUUGUUGAUGCAGUGUCCUAUCGUGUGGUUGGUAUUAGAAGAGAGGGAUGGCGAAUAUAGAUGAGCUAGAGCACCCUCUUCUGGGAGAAAGCCCCAAUAACAGCCGGGCAUCAGGGCAAGGACUGGGGCCCGGGACUGGGCAGGCCUCUGGUGGGUUGUUCAAGGGCAUCUUGGUUAAGUGUGAGGAGGACAGGGCCUACCCUCCUUUAGCGUGGAGGAGCUAUUGUGGACAUCCUCCUGAGCUUCCACAGCAGCAGCUACUGGACCCUUGCUCCUUACCUCGCACGCUGGAGUCCUUUUACCCACCGGCUCCCAUCUGGGGCCACGGGGACUCCCUGCUAAGCAAAGACUACCUGGAGACCACCUUUGUGGACAUUCGGCCCGGCUCCACGCUGGAGAGGAAGCUGCUGGCCGAGACGCAGGACUUCAACAGCGUGUCCUACAGCAUGGACGACGAGGAUGACCUGCUUCCUGACUCUGAUGACUCAUCCAUUGAUGACUUCAGCGAUACAGACAGCGAGAGCAACUUCCCUCUGAUGAUCCCUCAGGACUACCUGGGUCUGGCCUUUUUCUCCAUGCUCUGCUGCUUCUGGCCCCUGGGCAUCGCUGCCUUCUACCUCUCACAGAAGACCAACAAGGCAUCGGCUCAGGGGGAUUUUCAGGGGGCCAACGCAGCAUCACGCCAGGCUCUGUGGCUCUCAGUGCUCUCCAUUGUGUUUGGAAUCAUAACGUAUAUCUGUGCCAUCGCCGCGUUGAUCUCCUACCUGUCCGGAAAACCACCAUAAAAGCAACUCAAGGACACGCACAAAAAAAGCAGACUCCUCAUGCAUUUCAUCAAUAUCAACACAUGCC